UGGGUUCACGCAGAUCAAAUCAGCGAGUGUCUGAAAGGCUUCAUACAGUUUAUAGCCUCGAGAAAGUACUAAUACUCUGUAGGAUAGUUUUUGCCAUCGGUUGUCCUCAUCAUGGCCGCUGAACUUCACAAUAAAGAAAACACGCUGGUAAUGCGGAAAAGACUGAUUGGGCAGUCCUGUCGCCUCUUUUUUUCUCAUGACCCGAUUAAAAUCCUAAAGGCACGAGGACAAUAUUUGUAUGACGAGAACGGAAUGGAAUAUCUGGAUUGCAUAAGUAACGUACACCACGUGGGGCAUUGCCAUCCUGAUGUUACUGAAGCUGCCGCAUCUCAAAUGGAGCUCCUCAACACUAACACCCGUUUUCUACAUGAUAAUAUAGUCACCUAUGCAGCUCGCCUUUCUGCCACUUUGCCAGAUAAGAUUUGUGUCUUCUACUUUGUCAACUCAGGCUCUGAAGCUAAUGAUCUUGCACUCCGACUUGCUCGUCAAUAUACCCAGAAUGAAGAUAUCAUUGUGCUGGAACAUGCGUACCAUGGCCACCUCACUUCCCUUAUCGACAUUAGCCCAUACAAAUUUAAAAAGCUGGGAGGCCAAAAAGAAUGGGUGCAUGUGGCCCCUCUGCCAGAUACCUACCGGGGGAUGUACAGGGAGGAUCAUCCCAACCCGGCGCAGGCUUAUGCUGACACUCUCAAAAGUGUGAUUGAUCAAGUACAAAGCAAAGGCCGUAAGAUUGCUGCGUUCUUCGCUGAGUCCUUGCCUAGUGUUGGAGGACAGAUCAUCUUGCCCCAUGGAUACUGCACAAAGGUGGCGGAAUACAUCCGAGCUGCUGGUGGUGUAUACGUAGCUGAUGAAGUCCAGACUGGCUUUGGUCGAGUCGGGAGCCACUUCUGGGCCUUUCAGAUGCAGGGGGAAGAUUUCUGUCCUGAUAUUGUGACUAUGGGCAAACCGAUGGGCAAUGGUCAUCCUCUGGCUUGUGUGGCCACAACAGAAGACGUAGCGGGAGCCUUCACGUCCAAUGGAGUGGAAUACUUCAAUACAUUCGGUGGUAAUCCUGUGUCCUGUGCUGUUGGACUGGCUGUUCUCGAUGUCAUAGAAAAAGAGGAUCUCAGAGGAAAUGCGACUCGGGUUGGGCGCCAUCUAAAAGAACUCCUCGAACAACUCCAGAAAAAACACUCAAUAAUCGGAGAGGUGCGGGGCGUCGGGUUGUUUCUUGGGUUUGAGAUGGUGAAAGACAAAACAGAAAGAACCCCAGCUACAUUGGAGGCAGCACACCUGGUUCAGAAGUUGAAAGAUGAACGGAUCUGUGUCAGCACUGAUGGUCCUUGGGAAAGUGUCAUCAAAUUCAAACCACCUAUGUGUUUCAGUAUGGAAGAUGCAGAGCGGGUUGCCAAGGCAAUUGAUCAGAUUCUUACAGAAUGGUCCAAGGAUGAAAUUCAACAGUCUUUCAACGAGGAUCAUCUGAUAAACACUUCAUAAUGUUGAGGAAAAAUGAAUUCACAGAACUGUGGUUGUACAAAUCGCCUGUCAUUUUCUUUCUUCUAAUUUUUGUGUUAUUCUCAUCCUCACAUCAACAAUUAUCUGCUACAUUAAAUAACAACCUGUUGUUAUGAAGACAAUAACUUUAGUUUAAAUAUACUGAAUGUAAUUAUGUCCCUGUAUCCUGAGCUAAAGCUGAGAAAAGCUUUAGCAACCUUCUUAGACUAAAAACAUGACUUUGGAGUGCUGUGUCCCUGCCACAGCUCAACAUUGUAGUGAUAUGUCAUGUCGAAAAAGAAAAGCUGGACUGUUUGGACAGAAAAACAAUUGCUCAACAGUUAAUUUAAAGCAAAGAUCACAGGAAGAAUACCUUUCCAAAUAGGUAAUGGAUACAUUAUGGACCAGAUCUGUGUACGUAGAUGCAUACUCUGCAGUACUAUAUUACACUUAAUAAUGUAAAUUUUAUUUCUUUGAAUACCUCUGUUUCAUAUUGAAGAUUGCUCCUAAAAUUGUACUUAUAACUAUUUACAGACUUCCAAGAUACUGCAAAUGCUACUGAUAACUUACAGUAGUUAAGCAAAGUCAUCUCCAUUGAUUACAACUGUUUAUCAUAAUAUGGACAAUAAUGCCAAAUAACUUUUUGCAAUACUUGACAUUUUAGUCUCUCGCAAACACAUGAAAGACCCUAUACACUUUGGAUCUGGUUAUUUCGAAAGGUUUUGACACUUUUCUUCUGUUAUGAUUAAGGACUGUUAAUCAUUUAUGUGUCUUCUUUGAUUUCCUGAUCACUCCACAUGUUCAAAUAAACUCCAUUUCUGUUUA